AUGGCCUAUACUCUCCCACCCCUGCCGUACGCCUAUAACGCCCUCGAGCCCUACAUCUCCGAGGAGAUCAUGACACUUCAUCAUGAUAAACACCACCGGGCGUACGUGAACGGCCUGAACGCGGCCGAGGCUAGUCUUGCAGGCGCGCAGGAUAUAAAGGACAAGAUCAGGCUCCAGGCAGCGUUGAAGUUCAAUGGGGGUGGGCACAUCAACCACUCCCUCUUUUGGAAAAACCUCACUCCUGCCAACUCACCCGCCUCAAAGCUGGGCCCUUGCCCGCUUAAGGAGGCCAUAGAGCGAGACUUUGGCUCGCUCGACGCUCUCAUAAGCGAGAUGAACAGUACGACAGCGGCGAUCCGUGGCUCGGGCUGGGGAUGGCUCGGAUGUAAUACGCACACGAAGAAGCUGGAGGUCGUUACGACGCCAAACCAGGACCCGCUGCUAACUCAUGUUGUGAUCAUUGGUAUCGAUAUCUGGGAACAUGCGUACUAUAUCGACUACAAGAAUGUCCGGCCCGACUACCUCAAGGCUAUAUGGAACAUUAUCAACUUUGAGGAGGCGAACAACCGCUAUGUCGCUGCC